AGAUUUAAUCAUUUGAAAUUCAUGUAUAUUGUAUUUCUCCUUUGAUUGUAUUUCUUUCAUUAAUUAAACAAUGUCUUCAGAAGAGUUUCAUCACCUCAAAGUUCACCUGAAAGAUAUAGCAUCAGCCACCGACAACUUUGAUCGACAGAAAUUAAUAGGACAUGGAGGAUUCAGAUCGGUGUAUAAAGGGGAACUCUCUCUUCCAAAGGGAAAAUGCAUGAUCGCUUUCAAACGCUUAGAUCCUAAAUAUGGGCAAGGGAAUGACGAGUUUUGGAAGGAAGUCAUCAUGCUUUCCAAAUACAGACAUGAAAACUUGGUCUCUCUUCUAUGCUUCUGUGAUGAAGGUCACGAGAGGAUCCUUGGAUACGAGUUUGCAUCUCGUGGGAGCCUCGACCACUAUCUAAGUGACGUCAGCCUGACAUGGACCCAACGUAUCAAGAUAUGCAUCGGGGUUGCCCGUGCACUAAACUACCUUCAUGAUCCCAACAACACACAAAAAAGAGUAAUCCAUCGAGACAUAAAAAGCUCGAACAUCCUUCUGGACGAGAAUUGGACUGCAAAAGUUUCUGACUUUGGUUUGUCUAAAUUUGGCCCAGCUAACCAACCACAAACCUAUGUUUUUUCGAAUGUUGUUGGUACCCCUGGGUAUUGUGAUCCGUUGUACUGGGAACUGGGCUAUCUAACGAAAGAGUCUGACAUAUACUCUUUUGGAGUGGUUUUGUUUGAAGUAAUGUGCGGAAGGUUAUGUUACAAAUAUCGUGAUGGUCGGAUAAAUGAAAUUUUAGUGGGUGUGUGGAAAAACCAUUAUGAUGAAAAUAGACUAGAUGAUAUCGUGAGUUCUGAUCUGAAGAAACAAACGGAUUCCAAUUCUUUGAUGACGUUUUCCGCCAUUGCAAGUCGAUGUUUAAAUAGAAAUCGUAAAGAACGACCAACAAUGUUGGAGAUCGUCAAAGAACUCGAGGUUGCUCUUGCAAAACAAAAGCUUUCUCAAACAAGUCGGUCAUUAGUAGAGCUUGGAAGGCUUGCAAAACCUCCUCUGGUCUAUGAAUCCCGAGAAGAACUCCUCUCGCUUCUCUCCAAUGGGUUUCGUCAUAACGAUACAACGUGGCUUUCAAUAAACAAGGAUAAGAGAGUUUAUGAAACAAUAUCGAUAAUAAAAUGUAUUACCGAUGAUGAAAUAGAAGACCUUGAAGUUAUUGAGGACGGAAAUUCAAGAUUUGAUUAUGUCAUAGAGGAUGCUCCUGAUUUUAAAUUAAAAAUAAGCACACAGUUCUUGAUACCUAGUGUGACAUACAACAUAAACCUCGUCUACAAGUUUGAACAAUCGGAUCACGGGACAUGUGUACCCUACAAAUACAAACUGGAUGAGGAGGCAGACUAUUCCGGUCCAUUUAUUGCACAAGUGAGAAAAGAUGGAUGGUUAGUUACUCAGCUAUACCAAUUUACUUGCACACAAAGAGAACAUCACUUUACGAUCGAGUGCUUGACCUUGGCUUCCGUCGAAUGCCAAAUUCUUGAAGGCAUUGAAUUUUGUCAUGUGGAAUAUGUAAUUUGACAAAAUGAAUUUAUUUGGACAAACGGAAGAAAAUUGUUGAUGAUAUGAAUCAACCAACUUCAAUAUGGGUACAUAUUUUUAUAGGAAACAGAGGAAAAGAAGAAGGUGAAUAUCCAAUCCAUGUCAAAUGUGUCGAACACAGAUUGGGAACAAAAGUUUCCGAUUGAUUAUAUAGAUUUAAUCAAGUUAUCAAAAACUACGAUACAAUGGACAACCAAGGAGGAGCUCUACUCUGUUUUACGACAAGGGUUCCUCAUCGACAACGGUGAAAAGUGGUUUUCUAUUAACAAAAACAUGGAGAAACGACUUAUGAUAUCUCCCAGAGCAGUUCUUGAUGUAGAUGAAUGGAUAUUGAAGUCUUCCCUUUUCCUUGAAUCACGAUCAAGAUUUGAUGUGGUGGCUGAGUCUCGUGGUCGAAAAAGUUUUACGGUGAAAUGUAAAAUCAGAUCCCGAGUGUUAUCACCCCAAACAACCUAUUCGUGUCACCUCAUAUACAAGCUACCAGAAAACUACUCUUUGUUGCAGUGCGUUGUAGAAGUAAAUAGAUGGAAUCUGCGAGAUCUUUUGCGUUCUCCAUGGUAUAUCUAUUUAGCGCCUCCUCAUACCCCGAUUAUUGGAUCCAAUGUUGAUGGAAUCCCUUCAUGUACCCGCAAAAUAGAAGGUCAUCCGAAAAUGAGGAAGGAUGGUUGGAUGGAAUGUCGAAUCUGGAAAGUUUCACCUAGUAUCAUGGGAACUAUCCGAAUGAAUCUGCUCUUCAGUAAAGCGGAAGAGGAAAACGAAAACGAAACAAUUGUCGACCUUAUUGUACAAGGCAUUGAGUUUAGACCCAUGUAGUUGUCCUUUCUCUUUUCAUUUCAUGUUUGCAUUUCAGUUAUUAUUGUUAUACAUGUAACCAGUGUUUCUUAUUUAAUAACAUUGCACCAGGUGUCGUAUAAUAUAUUGGUUGCAAUGUUGCAUAAUAGAU